GCUAGUAUGGCUCAUUCUUUUAUGUUCAAGCCCUCACUUCCUCACAUUCGACAUCCUUUUCGUUCGUAGCAGUUCAAAAUUUACCAUUUGCACAGUUAAUCACAUACGAAAUGAGUGGAAUGCUGUUGAAAGUGCUGCCCAGGAACAAGUUGCUCCAUCAAUCACUGUGCUUUUCGAGGGGGCUGGCCAAAAAGGUGGACCAGAGCCAAGGCACCGAGAAGGGCAAGAAAACCUGUAACAAGAAUCAGUUCUUUGGCGGCUGCUUUAAGAAGUCCGAACCGUUUAGGAGGGAAAUGAAGAAGGAGAAGGGCAAACGCUGCCGCGAUCCUUGCCGAGAUGGACCUUGUCGGCCCGAGAAGUAAAAGCUGCAACUACAACUGCCGUCAGUCAGCUUCCAUUUCCUUAGGCAAUGGCUGCGUUGAAAAGAAUUAGCCAACACUGAUUUCUCCAGAAAAAUUCCGCUGCUUCUCUCACACGAAAAGUACCGAAAAUACUAAAAUUGCAUAGAAAGAGCACUUGAAACCUUUCAAAUAUUCUGUGUGAAACUAUGCUUAAGUUGGAACCAAC